AAAGUUUUUGAAGAAAUUUAAUUCAAGCACCUACGGAACAAUUUGGAAUUAGCGUAUAGCAGUACGCGCGAGUCGGAUGUGCCACCGACGAUGAAUCUGUCCCGUUCGCUUCUUCGCUCGAUUUCGCUGUAAAAACUCUAGAAGAGCUUUAUUGUCUCGGGGGCCUUUUACGACCUCUGUUUUGUGACGCUGUUAUUGUUUGCGGACGAUAAACAUCUCGCCACUAGCUUUUAAAUGGAAGUAAAGAAUAAGGAUUUCUCCAUGUUGCCGAGAGAUUUAGCUUCAACAUCAGCAUCAGUUUUCAAGCAAGAUCCAAAACUUGUAGCAGCUAUUAAUAAACUUUACGGUAGAAAUGAAGAAGACAAUUCAAUUAGUGAAAUUGUAUUGCCCGAGCGAAAACUUAAUUUUGAAGAAGUCCAAAAACUAUUAAAGAAAUCGUCUAAAGUCACAGGUAAUAUAUAUGAAAAGGAAAAUAAUUUAAACAAAAGUAAAAAGGAAUUGAUUAAAAAUAUAGAAAAAAUACUGGAAAAGUUGAAUAACUCUGCAGAGAAUGGUGAUACACCAAUGCUGUUAUUGAGAAACCAGCGGCUAUGGAGUAACUGUGUUUAUGAUUUAGACAGAGUAACGUUGAAGGCUUUCGCGGACGCGAAGAAAACGACUUUGAGUUAUUCGAACCGGGAAGACAAGACGCGGUUUAACUCUGUAGUUUUUGUUCUAACAAAAGUACAUGAGUUAUUAUCGAAAAACCUUUCAGUUACUAGAAGGGAGCUUUUCUAUCAAAAUGUAACAAGACUUCGUAAUCAAGCAAACUUGGACGUUGCUGUUAGAGAUGUUUGUUGCCUCUUACAAACACCGCCUUGGAAUUUAGGAAUAAUGGCGACAGCUAAAGGUCUGAUAGCUGGUCAUAUUCAAUUACAACUGCAAGAUGGUUCUUUCGUUGACUGUUUUGGAACAGGUGGAACACUUGUACCGCAAGAUGUGGAUGGCAUAAAAGAGUUCAAAUCGACUGCAAAAUAUAUAUUAGUUGUUGAAAAGGAUGCCAUCUUCCAGAAGUUAUUAGAUGAAGGAGCACUCGUGAGAUUGGGGCCUCUGAUCAUUUUGACUGGUAAAGGUUACCCGGACGUGUGCACUCGGCAACUUCUGUGUCGUUUGGUCAAUGAGCUUCGAUUGAAGGCACUAGCUUUAGUAGACGCUGAUCCACAUGGAUACGAAAUAUUUCUAACAUACAAAUAUGGAUCAUUGGCUCAGUCCCACCUCUCGCAGUCACUGGCUUGCAGCUCCCUGCAACUGCUGGGAGCCAGACACGGUGACGUCAUGACACUCGCUUCACGAGAAGCACGUCUGACACUCACCGCUUUGGACAAGAGGAAGAUUGUCAGCUUGCUCAAGAGGCCUUACCUUAAUACGACAGUUGGUUCCAUUAUAAAGAAAGACUUGGAGGAAAUGUUAGAGAGUGGAGUAAAAGCAGAAAUCGAGGCGUUAUCUCCCACGGCCGCAGCGCUAUGUGAUUUUUAUCUGCCUUCAAAAAUUAUGCAGGGCAAUUACUUGGGAUAAACCCGA